CGUGAUCGUUGCUCGAGGCCGCUGGGUAUUAGGAAGCGCGUGAAUGCGGGAUUGAAGGAGAGAAACCUUGUACUUCCCUAAGAGGGAGGUACCAGCCUGCGCGAGGGGUCCAGCGUGUGUUAUUGAUCAUUGCAGUUUCAACGCGUUGACAGCAUGAGGCGAAAUGAGCGUGAAUAGCAAAGGAAUGGAAGCAAACUCAAUAGAGCCAAAAUAACCCAUUUCUAAGGGGAAAGAACAGGGUAAGAGGAAAAGGGAAGUACAUGUGAUGGGCCUGUCUCCACACUAUAUACCGGGAAGGGUACCAGGAAUGCUGCUGGUACGAAAAGCACGCAAUCGGAGCUGCUUUCCUUCACUGCGGUGCGCAGUUCGGCGUCUCCUUCGGAGGCUUGGCAUUAGGGCCAGGCUUGGGAGCCCAUCCAGUAAGCCUCACAAUCUUCUCCAACCGCUCCGCAAGCUCCUCCCUGCUACAGCGCUUCAUAAUCUUGUUAUAGAACUCUCUAUGGCUUUUAUCAACCCAGUUCACGACUCGCCAGUGCAAAUGCGAGAUUAUCUCCUCCGCGCUAACUUCUCGCUUUUUAGCUCUUCUGUGUUGUGGUACGAAUUUUUGGAGUUCCGGGGCGUAAAGUGUCUGAGCACUGUCUUCUUUGAAAAAUCGUGCGAUUUCGGCGGGCUCAAAGGGUCGAUGGCUCUUGUUUUCAGGGAACAUCCAUCGGAAGAUUUCGAGUUCGACGCCUUCGUGGAGACCUCUGGGUUCGAAGAGUGGUUCGUAUUCGACUUCUUCGGUUAGCGCGGGUUGCACUAUGCGAUCGACGGCUGUGGACAUCUUGAGGAAUGAAGAUCUGUUCUGCAGGGGAGAUAAUAUUGCAAAUUUGGCCGUAAUAAGUCAAUGGAGGGAUUGCUGGGACUUUCGAUGAAUGGUUGUGAACAUCGGUAAGGGCGGU